GUCACUACAUGGUUUCAGAAAGACUGCGUAGAACUGAGCUGGCAUUAAUGUUGUUUUUAUGGUGAAUUCAGUUCAUAGACUGAUUUUAAGAAUUGCUCACGAUUUAUUAAGUUUGAGUUAGCAAAAUAAAAUUAAACUUUAGUGCUUUAUUAGUUAAAAAAUUCGUUUAAUUUUGGGAUGUCUCGACAUGAAGGUGUGAGCUGUGAUUCCUGCCUGAAAGGAAACUUCAAAGGGAAACGAUACAAAUGUUUGAUAUGCCAUGAUUAUGAUUUGUGUGCCACGUGUUAUGAGGCAGGUACAACCUCAAAUCGGCACACAACCGACCACCCUAUGCAGUGUAUUCUGACUCGUUCAGAUUUUGAUGUGUACUAUGGAGGAGAAGCCAUAUCGGUAGACCAGCCUCAAUCAUUUACGUGUCCAUACUGUGGGAAACUAGGGUUUACAGAAGGAACGUUACAGGAACAUGUCUCCUCAGAUCACUCUGAUAGCUCAUUUGAAGUGGUAUGUCCAGUAUGUGCAGCAUCACCUAGUGGUGAACCAAAUAAUAUUACUGAUGAUUUUGCUGCACACCUUACUCUAGAACAUCGGAAUCCAAGAGAGCUGGAUGAAACGACAACAUCACGUCACGUCAGAAGAAUCCCGCAUCCUGGAAGAGGUAUGAGUAGUGCUCGAGCUCGUCGUAAUCAGAUGCAAUUUAGCCCCUCUAGUGCACUCUCAUCUCUCUCUCCAAGCAGCAGGGAGUCUAUAAACCCUCUCGCAGAACUUCUCUCCCAGCUGUCUGGCGUUCGACGCGCAGCCAACCUGAGCCAGACAAAUACGACUUCCCAGCUACAACAGCUCCAGAUACAGCUUCAGCUUGAACGACAGCAGGCCCAGGCUGCUCGUCAGCAGCAAGAGCGAAUACCUCGUAAACAAAACCAAACUGGUGCUACAGCCAAUGGUGUUGCCCCUACCGGAGGGACUGCUGUCCAGUUCAAUCAGCCUCUCUAUUUUGAACCUAUAGCUAGUCCAAGUUUUUCAACUUCUGGUUCUCAGUUUGUACUUUCUAGGUAAACUAUGUGUAUAUAAGCAAUAUUUAUAU